AUUGUCUGCGAGUCCCUUAUCCGCGCGAAUUGGGAAGAAGGGUUCAGAAGAAGAGUAUGGCGGGGACUGUAUCCAUGACCUAUCCAGCGAGUGCCAUUUUAGUUUCUGGAAAUAGGUUAUGCAAUACUACUCGGAAACGAAGGAAAAUAGCGAUGUCUCUUGGAAGCAAUAAAGAGAGGCCAGAAGUGGCUGUUCAAUCAGGUGAUCAAAGGCUUUAUCUAGGUCUGGAUUUUGGCACAUCCGGUGCGAGGUUCGCCGCCAUUGACGAGGACGGCGCGAUUCAAACCGAGGCCAAGAGAGAGUAUCCUUUGUACAAGAAUGGAGAAACACAGGACUGGGUACGGUCGUGGAAAGAGACACUAUUCCUGCUACUUGAAGACAUUCCAUCAGAUGUCCGGAAACAUAUUGCGUCUAUUUCUAUUGAUGGGACUUCUGCAACUACGCUCAUUGUUGAUAGUGAUACGGGAGAACCGUUAGGGAGACCUUUCCUUUACAAUGAGAGUUGUCCUGAUGCUUUGCCAAUGGUGAAAUCCAUUGCUCCUCCAAAUCAUACAGUUUGCUCUAGCUCUUCCACCCUGUGCAAGCUCGUCUCAUGGUGGAACCAUGUUGAUUCAAACAAGAAAUCUGCUCAGUUGCUACACCAAGCAGACUGGCUUUUGUGGCUUCUUCAUGGAAAGCUUGGAGUUUCAGAUUAUAACAAUGCUCUGAAGGUUGGCUAUGAUCCCGAAGUGGAUUCAUAUCCAGCAUGGCUAGUCCGUCAGCCAUAUUCUCAUCUUUUGCCUUCAGUUGUGGCUCCAGGAACUCCGGUUUCUUAUCUAAAAGAAGACAUUAGAAAUAAAUUUGGUUUUCAACAAGAUUGUGUGGUGUGCACGGGAACCACCGACAGUAUAGCUGCAUUUCUUGCAGCCCGUGUCUCUCAGCCCGGUGACGCUGUAAGGAUUUUACAGCACUUGUCCCUCUUUAAUUAUCGAACCAGAAAGGUUACUUCACUGGGUUCAACACUUGCUAUCAAACUAUUGAGUAAUACCAGGAUUGAGGAUUCGCGGUUUGGGGUCUAUAGUCAUCGGCUGGAUGAUAAGUGGCUUGUUGGUGGUGCUUCAAACUCUGGUGGAGCUGUUCUUAGGCAGUUGUUCACAGAUGAUCAAUUAGAGAAACUAAGUGAACAGAUCAAUCCCUUGGAAGCCUCCCCCUUGGACUACUAUCCUUUGCCAAAAGCCGGUGAGAGAUUCCCAGUGUCAGAUCCAAAUUUGUCUCCGAGGCUCCUCCCAAGGCCAGAGAAUGAUAUUGAGUACUUGCAUGGGAUUUUGGAAUCCAUUGCACGCAUUGAGGUAAUAACUUUGCUGGUUCUCUUGCCUAUUCGUUUCUAUUCGUUUCAUGUUUGCUUUAAACGAUUCUUUUAAGCGCUCUACUUUCUACAAGGGUAAACCUUCUUGCCAUCAUUGUAAAAUUCCCAAGUUGGUACAUAGGUUGCAUUAUUUUGAAAAGUUUUGCUUUUAAAGAGGUCGAGCUUUGAAUUGCAACAACAUUAACAAUCCAAAGCAAGAAGCUAAAAUUAAGUAGAGGUCGAGCUUUCUAGAGCAAUCACUCAUUCAUAGCCUGGAGCG